UGACAAUCAAAAUGUCAUAAAAAAUCCAAAAUCUAACUUUUUGUUGCGCAAUAAAUAAAAGCCGUAAACAUUGGCCGUAUCCACAUAAAUUCCUUAUUCAGUGAUACAUAUUCAUACUAAAGGAACCACAAACCAGCGCGAAAAUGUCCAUGAACUUUAUGAUGGAUAAGGUACGAGCGUUUCUGGGUAUCCCGCCGGAGGUUCCUCGCAAUGAGUUCAGGAACCCCAUCUGGGGUGAUGAUGACGACGAUGGAGACGAGCUGUACGAGCGGCAGGCCCACAUCAACGUGUUCACCGACCCCAACCUCCUGCAGAGCGAAAUCACCAGGCAAAUGUUUGACAUGUUCAAAACAUUUGGCAACUUCUUUGGCGAUGCCAUGGAGGGCUUUGAAGAAGGGCAACGGCACGCUUUCGAUGACACUACAGGCGUAACACCUGAUACCGGUGACGAGUUCAACAACGGCAAUCUGAGAGACUAUUACCUCAAGCCGGGGUACCACCGCCAACAACCCAGAGAGGAUGAAGACUUAGAUGGGAAGAUUUCUUCACAAGAAAUUUCCGGAAUGCUCAAAAAUAAAGGCGAUCACAGCAACUCACUCAUACCAUUUGGUGGGAGUAUCAUGCCUGGAACUUCUUUCAGUAAAACUAUAAUAACAACAAGUAUCAGGAAGCCAGAUGGUACUGUUGAAACUAAGAGGAUUGUCAAAAAUGGCAAUGAAGUGACGGAGGAGAUUAUAACCACCACUAGUAGUCAGUCCGGACCCGACGACCAGAGCCCGCUGCGCCCAGAAUAUUAAAUAGUCAUGAUAAGUUAUUGAAUGACCUUGGCCUUCCCUAACAUUUAAAUAACUUAUUGGACCCCAACACAACCCUUCCAUGUAUGCAAAUUGAUUAGAUUGGUGAUCUUCUAUAUAGUUGUGUAUGUAUAUUGUAUAAAUCCUAAUCCUUCAUUCAAUUCAUUAUAUUUCAUCCUGUAAGUACAUUAUAAUGUAUGUACAUUAUAAUUAUAAUCUAUCACUCAAAAUAGUAUUGAUAUUGUAAUUUUUCUGGUCAUAUUAACUGUGUCUGAGAUAUUUAAAUCACAACAGAAGAUAAAUCCACUUUUAAAAUUUAAUAUAAUAUGUUUUGGUCUCAUUUAAAUAUCAUCUAUUACAUUAAUGCUCCAUUCAAAGUUUAUGUCUAGUUUUUACUUACCAAAUUAUUUUGUAUAUUGUGAUUUACUGUGAUUAUUUAAAUUAAUGCAAACAUAGUCUGUAGUUAUACAAUCAUUUAUCAUUAUCGCUCAAUAAAGUUAAUUUCAAAUUCACUUCAUCAAUAGCGGCUCUCAUAAUAAACAUGUAAAAAGUAA